GAAAUCUUUGAGCUCCAGGGGGAGGGGAAGAACUGUGUGGCCACCAGCCUUCACAAGCACAGCACCGACCCCAGGGCUGUCAUGAGCCUGGCAGCAAAGGCUGAUGGGAAGGGGCACCUGGUAGCAGCUGGGAUGGAUGGGAAAUGCCAGCUGUUCAGAAUAACAAAAAGCAAGGAGGCAUCUGAUGAGGGAGAGCAAGAUGUAGAUAAAGAAGCAAGUAGAGUUAAUCAAGCAGGCAAGAGGGGUAAGAAGACAGGAGAGAGAGAGGGUGGGAAGAGAGGAAGGAGAAAACGUGGAAAGAAAACCAAAUCUGCCGAAAAUGAAGCCAACUUGAGAAAGAGAAAAGGGUCGACAGGAAACAAGGCAGAGAAGUCUGCAGAGGUGACAGAACAGAGUAGUGAAUACAAGGUGGAGUCAUUGGCCUGCGUAGAUACUGACUUCCACAAGGAGGAGCCUUUUCAGAAGGUGGUGCGAUUCAGCAGGGAUGGUGACAUCAUCGCCACAGGAGGGGCAGAUGGGCAUGUUAGGGUAUGGAAGGUCCCCAAGCUUGAGAAGAAGCUGGACAUUAAGGCCCACCUGGAUGAGAUCGAUGACCUGGAUAUCAGUCCAUCAGGGAACAAGAUAGUGUCUGUGUCCCGAGACUACCAUGCCUAUGUGUGGAAGGUAGAGAGCGGUAAGAGGGAGGCAGAACUACACUGGGAUAAGAAUGUGCCAGAAAAGAGCUACAGAAUAAAGGCUGUAAGGUUUGGCACAUCGCAGGAGAAGAAGUCAACAGUACAGCUGUACACGAUGCACAUCCCGGCACGGAGAGAGAGGAAGCCUCUCCCCUGUUACCUCACCAAGUGGGACGCCAUGAAGUUUGUACCAGUCAAGACACAAUCUACAGGCACUGAGCUACUGUCUUCUCUAGCCGUCAGUGAUGAUGGAGUAUUUCUUGGGGUGGGAACCAACUCUGGUGAUACCAUGAUAUAUGUGUCCUGGAGUCUACAGAAAGUUCACCGGGUGAGUGAGGCCCAUGGCAUCUUUGUGACUGGUCUAUGUUUCCUCAAGAAUAAUGCUAUAACAGCAGAACUGACCAAAGGUGCUGAGACUGCCCUGGUCAGUGUGUCUGCUGACCAUCAUGUAAACCUGACACCACUGCGACCCAGAUUUAUGGUGAGUGUGUGGUUUGCUGUGAUCGGUUUCCUGGUGCUGGUGGUAGUAGUCAUGAUCUACCUUGGACAACAGGGACUCAUAUAGAGAACGUCUGGCUUGCUGCAGAGAAGCAAAUGCUUUUUUUUAUAACUAUAAAUAAGUUAUAGUUCUAUUUGGUCUUACUAAUCAAAGGGACUUCUUUCUUUGGUAGGAAAUUGUCAUCUAACUAAAGGGAUUUCUUUCUGUUACAAAAUUUACUACGUAAAGCCAUUACCAUUUUGUUGUAUGAAUUAUUAACUGUAAAUCUAUAAGUCUGACAUAACUCAAUGAAAUCAGAUUUUGCAAACAUAUCUACUUCUGUUGCUUGUAACAAUUUGAAAAGUAGCCAUUUUUAGAUAAGAAUUGGAGUUUUAGUUGAGGCAGACAUCAUUUUAGUUGAGACAGACACCAUUACAAUUGAAAUGGUAGCAAUAAUCUACGUAUCAAGCAAGUCCAUCCUUUUUAAUGGAGCUUGAGAAAAUGUGAAUCCAGCAAUAGUAAUAUAUGUGCUACACAAUCGUGUGAAGUCAUGUUGUAGGAUGGCACUUGAAUUGACUUUAUAUUUAUUGUAUUCAGAGCUGAAGGAAUUGAUGUUAUCAAAUCAUGUCAUGACAAUGUUGGAAAUCUGUUCGCAACAAAUUAACGUUAGUUGAUCGUAGGACAACUAUUUUGAUACUUGAGUGUAUUGCAGUGAAGUGACUUGAUUUCAGAUCUUGCCUUGUGUACUAUAUGUACCUUUGUAUAUCAGUGUCUAUGUGGGAUGUAGUGUCAGACUUCUGUGUCUGAAGGCUAGAGCCCACCACAACCUUCUCCACACCAUGGCUAGGAGUCGUGAGCAGUGUUAUCUGUUGGUUGGCCAGGUAGACAAGUCGGCAAAUGUGCUCAGAGAAUGAUACUGGAGCUAGAAUAUGAUGGAUUCCAGGCUAUUCCCAGCCCAGCACUGACCUUAGUUGGGGUCAGUAAUCGGGAGCAAAGUUGUAGAAAGGUUCUGAAUGUGUGACAUUCAUUAAAGUAACAUAGUUACGUCUACAGUGGUCAGAUUAUUGGUUUGUACUGUGUAGUAAACAUCAAUAUUGAAUCUGGACCACCUGUGAUAGUACCUGCAUUAGCACAGGGAUGACUUAAAUUAUAUGUUUAUCCUUCAAGUACAUGUAAACCAUUGACUUUCUCAAUAACAAGGUAUCGUUAACGGUACCUUUAUCUCCUGUGAUAUUGCCCGCCCAUUCUUGCCCCAUUGUCCUGUUCUUAAUGCACCAUUUGAAUGUAAGUUUGUACAUGUACAAUGUCUGCGGGAAAUAUUUUGAUGUGGAAAACAGCACAUCCAGAGAUUUUUUUUUGUAAUACGCUUCUAGAUAACAUAUUGCUUAUGUUUGUUGUUGUUGAUACUCAACUUCACGUGAUUAACUAAAUUGCAGUGGAUCAUUUCUACAAUGUUUCUUGUUUUGCCCCUUUAUUUGCCUGAGGUUUGUUGAUGAUCACAAUUGUGUAACUUGCGUAAGUGAAGGUGUCCUGGGUACAAACCAGAUACCUAGAAAGGCUUGCAUUAGUGUGUUUUCAUUUGGUAUGAUUACUUUAAGAAUUAUUACUGUGUUGGUUUGAUAAUUAUGGAAUAUGGUAUGAUGAAAUGAGCCUGAAUAAAUCACGCUUCUAGCAACUCUCCCACUGGUCAAGCCC